AUGACAGACCUCCUAAGAAGUGUUGUCACUGUCAUUGAUAUAUUCUACAAAUACACCAAGCAAGAUGGAGAAUGUGGCACACUGAGCAAGGAUGAGCUAAAGGAACUUCUGGAGAAAGAGUUUCGUCCAAUUUUGAAGAAUCCAGAUGAUCCAGACACAGUAGAUGUCAUCAUGCAUAUGCUGGAUCGAGAUCAUGACCGAAGACUAGACUUUACUGAGUUUCUUCUGAUGGUAUUCAAACUGGCUAUGGCCUGCAACAAGGUUCUUGGAAAAGAAUACUGUAAAGCUUCAGGGUCAAAGAAGCAUAGGCAUGGUCAUCAACAGCAAAAGGAAGAAAGUGAAACAGAAGAGGAAGAGGAGACACCGAAACAGAAAUCAGGUUUGAGACAUUCAAGUUGGAGUGAGGGAGAGGAGCAUGGACAUAGUUCUGGGAGCUCAUCAGGAACUGGAAAACAUAGACGUAGGUCCAACCCUAGGUGGCUGGAAAGGCAAGGUGAAUUCUCCAGCUCAGAGGAACUUAGGAAAAAACACCAUGGGUCUAUCUCUGGUCACUCUUGGAGCAGUAACAAAGAGAGACAUGGUUCCAGCUCUGAAGAGUUAGAAGGAAAAAGAAAUUCCCAUGGUAGGUCCUCUAGUGAGUCUGGGGAAGAAUAUGAAUCUGGAUCUAGGUUAAACAGUCAGGGAAGAAAAGGUCAUAGUGGAUUGUCACAUGGACUGGAGAAGAACAAACAUAAAUCAAAUUCUACUCAGUCAAGAAAGGGUGAAGAACCAAAGCUUGGGCCUAGCUCUUCAAGUUCAGGAAAUAGUAAGGAACUAGCAGAGGACAAGGCUAUGGAUGUGUCUCAGGAGGUCAGUCCUCUAGAUGUUGUCAACCUGAACAUAGAUCCUGUAGCCAGUCAUCAGGUCAGAGAGGGUAUGGAUCUAAACAAUGUGGUCAACCUCAGAACUAUGGAAGUCAGCAGAGGAUGGGCUCAUGUCAUUCAUCAUGCUGUGGGUCUGGAGCAACUCAAUCUUCUCCUUAUGAUCAACAUGGAACCAGGUCCUGUAGACACCCUUCAAGCUGUCAUCAAAAGGGAUGUAGUUCCAAUGAAUUUUCCAAGUGUGGCCAGCAUGGGUCUGGUUCAGGGAAGUCAUCAUGCUGUGAACAACAUGGAACAAAUUCAAGGCAGUCUUCUGGCUUUGAACAACAUGGACAUGGAUCAGGUCAGUCUUGCUGUGGACAACAUGGUACUACCUCAGGUCAAGCCUCAGGUUGUAGUCAACAUGGGUCUCACUUGGGUCAGUCAUCUGGUUUGGGGCAACAUGAGUCUGGUUGUGCUCAGUCUUCUAGCUCUGGGCAUCAUGGGUCAAGUUCUGGUCAAGAAACUAGCUCUUGGCAUCAUGGGUCUUCAGGCACAAGUCACGCAUCUAGGUCUGGGCAGCAUAAAGUUGGCCAAGGUGAGUCAUCAGAGAAUGAGAAACAUGGGUCUGGUUCAGGUCAAACAUCUAAAACAGGGAAACAAGGGCCUAGAUAUGGACAGUCAUCUGGACCUGAUCAACAUGGGUCUGGAUAUGAAAAAUUUAAGCAUGAACAAUCAAAAUCAAAGUUUCAUGGAAAACAGGGAAAUUCACAGGAACAGUCAAGAGACAGCAGAAGACAGGCUCAGACUGGGCAUCACGAGCACCCACAAUCAGGAACUGGGAGAAGUACCAGAGGGGAACCUGUUUAUCCUGAGUCCAGUGAGGAUGUCUACUCUCCUGGAAAACAUCACUGGCAUGAUUGAAACAUUCCAGCAAUACUCAAACAACGAUAAGGAAACAGAAACACUGAGCAAAGAAGAGCUGAAGGAACUUCUGGAAGUAGAAUUACGGGCAGUCUUGAAGAAUCCAGAUGACGAAAAUCUUGCAGAUGUCUUCAUGCAAAUCCUAGAUGUAGACCAUAAUGAAAAAAUAGAUUUCACUGAGUAUUUACUGAUGGUGGUGAAGUUGGCUCAAGCAUAUUAUGAGUCAUCUCAGAACAAAAGUUUUAAAACUGGAUCAAAGAGACGGAGUAAAAGUCAACACAAAAGAGUAGGAGAAGAUGGAGAAGAAGAAAGAAGACACAGAUCAAGCCAUAGGAGAUCUGAGGGAAAGGAAAAAAAAGAAAGCUCAAGAAGCCCAAGAGGGAGAGGGAAAAAAAGACAUGGAUCAGGCAGCAAAAAUCAAGAUAGAGACACAACUACGCACAGAGAAACAGAAAAACAUGGGAAACAUCACAGUUCAACUGGAAAGCAACGGGGAGGAUCUAACUCGACUGAAAGAGAUGGUAGAGUUAAGAAGGAGAGAAGAUCAAAGGAGAGAAAAGAAACAAAAUAUGAUGCCAUCAAUAAUGAAAACACAAAACAACAAGAACAGUGGGAAAAAAGCUGUGGUGAAUAUUAUUAUGAAAUCGAGCAUAGCAAAAGUGAAGAGACAGGAGGAAAAAGAAACACUACGAGAGACAAAUCUGGCCGAGAAGAGUCUCCAGACAGCCCUAGGCAGUCCAGUUCCCGUCAGAGGAGCGAGUCUCCCCGGACCAGCACAAGAACAGGCCACAGAGGAACACACCAGUCCCCAGCCGGCCAGCAGUCAUCCGAUGGUCACAGGCAAGCCACUUCCAGGAGGGGCAGACACCAGGAGGACAGCGCCAGCCAGGCCAGCGACAGCGAGGGCCACUCAGAAGUCCAAGUCAGGCACAGGCAGGCCUCAGAGACCCACGGGAGGACCGCGUCCGGCUCAGGGGUGCAGCGGGCAUCCAGCAGCGGUGGCCAGGCAACUGACAACGUCAGGCACUCGGGGGCCCGUCAAGGCCAGUCAUCCGGCCAGGGACAAGGACGCUCCGAGUCAGCAUCCCGCACCAGGGAAGCACGAGGGAACCAGAGACACGGCCAGUCGGCUGACAGCUCCGGGACCUCCGGGACUGGUCACGGAAGAGGCCAAGCCACCUCUGCUGAACGGAGACAUCAGAGGCCCAGCGAGAGUCAGGCCAGUGACAGCGAAGGCCACUCCGAAGCCUCAGAAGCACACGCAGUGGGAGCCCACGGUGGGUCUGGAGCCAGCCACAGGCACGAGCAGACAUCCUCUCGAGGCCAGCAUGGCUCUGGAUACUACCAGGUGUACUACUACGAGCAGGAACACCCCGAGUCUGGACACAGACAGCAGAGGUCCAGUGGCAGGGCUCCUCAGGGGUCCGGCCCAGAACAAGGGAGGGACAGCCGCAGGAUCGGGGGCUCUCACGAAGGACAGAGCUCCUCUGAACUCCAGGCUAGAACCUCCCGUGGAAGGUCCGGAACCAGUGCUAGAGGGGGUCAGGGGUCCUUCGGAACGGACCGCUCUGAGCGCCACCAGUCCACAAGGGGCCACGAAGACAUCCACGGGGGCUCUGGACGCUCACGAACAAGGCAAGGACAGGUAGACUCCCACACUGGGAACGACACCUCCCACGGUCAGGCAGAGGGCAGAGGCAGGGUUAGCAGGCACACAGGCGGCCGAGAAGAGUCUCCAGACAGCCCUAGGCAGUCCAGUUCCCGUCAGAGGAGCGAGUCUCCCCGGACCAGCACAAGAACAGGCCACAGAGGAACACACCAGUCCCCAGCCGGCCAGCAGUCAUCCGAUGGUCACAGGCAAGCCACUUCCAGGAGGGGCAGACACCAGGAGGACAGCGCCAGCCAGGCCAGUGACAGCGAGGGCCACUCAGAAGUCCAAGUCAGGCACAGGCAGGCCUCAGGGACCCACGGGAGGACCGGGUCCGGCUCAGGGGUGCAGCGGGCAUCCAGCAGCAGUGGCCAGGCAACUGACAACGUCAGGCACUCGGGGGCCCGUCAAGGCCAGUCAUCCGGCCAGGGGCAAGGACGCUCCGAGUCAGCAUCCCGCACCAGGGAAGCACGAGGGAACCAGAGACACGGCCAGUCGGCUGACAGCUCCGGGACCUCCAGGACUGGGCACGGAAGAGGCCAAGCCACCUCUGCUGAACGGAGACAUCAGAGGCCCAGCGAGAGUCAGGCCAGUGACAGCGAAGGCCACUCCGAAGCCUCAGAAGCACACGCAGUGGGAGCCCACGGUGGGUCUGGAGCCAGCCAGAGGCACGAGCAGACAUCCUCUCAAGGCCAGCAUGGCUCUGGAUACUACCAGGUGUACUACUACGAGCAGGAACACCCCGAGUCUGGACACAGACAGCAGAGGUCCAGAGGCAGGGCUCCUCAGGGGUCCGGCCCAGAACAAGGAAGCGACAGCCGAAGGAUCGGGGGCUCUCACGAAGGACAGAGCUCCUCUGAACUCCAGGCUAGAACCUCUCGUGGAAGGUCCGGAACCACUGCUAGAGGGGGUCAGGGGUCCUUUGGAACGGACCGCUCUGAGCGCCACCAGUCCACAAGGGGCCACGAAGACAUCCACAGAAGCUCUGGACGCUCACGAACAAGGCAAGGACAGGUAGACUCCCACACUGGGAACGACACCUCCCACGGUCAGGCAGAGGGCAGAGGCAGGGUUAGCAGGCACACAGGCGGCCGAGAAGAGUCUCCAGACAGCCCUAGGCAGUCCAGUUCCCGUCAGAGGAGUGAGUCUCCCCGGACCAGCACAAGAACAGGCCACAGAGGAACACACCAGUCCCCAGCCGGCCAGCAGUCAUCCGAUGGUCACAGGCAAGCCACUUCCAGGAGGAGCAGACACCAGGAGGACAGCGACAGCCAGGCCAGUGACAGCGAGGGCCACUCAGAAGUCCAAGUCGGGCACAGGAAGGCCUCAGGGACCCACGGGAGGACCGGGUCCGGCUCAGAGGUGCAGCGGGCAUCCAGCAGCGGUGGCCAGGCAGCUGACAACGUCAGGCACUCGGGAGUCCGUCAAGGCCAGUCAUCCGGCCAGGGACAAGGACGCUCCGAGUCAGCAUCCCGCACCAGGGAAGCACGAGGGAACCAGAGACACGGCCAGUCGGCUGACAGCUCCGGGACCUCCGGGACUGGUCACGGAAGAGGCCAAGCCACCUCUGCUGAACGGAGACAUCAGAGGCCCAGCGAGAGUCAGGCCAGUAACAGCGAAGGCCACUCCGAAGCCUCAGAAGCACACGCAGUGAGAGCCCACGGUGGGUCUGGAGCCAGCCAGAGGCACGAGCAGACAUCCUCUCAAGGCCAGCAUGGCUCUGGAUACUACCAGGUGUACUACUACGAGCAGGAACACCCCGAGUCUGGACACAGACAGCAGAGGUCCAGUGGCAGGGCUCCUCAGGGGUCCGGCCCAGAACAAGGGAGGGACAGCCGCAGGAUCGGGGGCUCUCACGAAGGACAGAGCUCCUCUGAACUCCAGGCUAGAACCUCCCGUGGAAGGUCCGGAACCAGUGCUAGAGGGGGUCAGGGGCCCUUCGGAACAGACCGCUCUGAGCGCCACCAGUCCACAAGGGGCCACGAAGACAUCCACGGGGGCUCUGGACGCUCACGAACAAGGCAAGGACAGGUAGACUCCCACACUGGGAACGACACCUCCCACGGUCAGGCAGAGGGCAGAGUCAGGGUUAGCAGGCACACAGGUGGCCGAGAAGAGUCUCCAGACAGCCCUAGGCAGUCCAGUUCCCGUCAGAGGAGCGAGUCUCCCCGGACCAGCACAAGAACAGGCCACAGAGGAACACACCAGUCCCCAGCCGGCCAGCAGUCAUCCGAUGGUCACAGGCAAGCCACUUCCAGGAGGGGCAGACACCAGGAGGACAGCGCCAGCCAGGCCAGCGACAGCGAGGGCCACUCAGAAGUCCAAGUCAGGCACAGGCAGGCCUCAGAGACCCACGGGAGGACCGCGUCCGGCUCAGGGGUGCAGCGGGCAUCCAGCAGCGGUGGCCAGGCAACUGACAACGUCAGGCACUCGGGGGCCCGUCAAGGCCAGUCAUCCGGCCAGGGACAAGGACGCUCCGAGUCAGCAUCCCGCACCAGGGAAGCACGAGGGAACCAGAGACACGGCCAGUCGGCUGACAGCUCCGGGACCUCCGGGACUGGUCACGGAAGAGGCCAAGCCACCUCUGCUGAACGGAGACAUCAGAGGCCCAGCGAGAGUCAGGCCAGUGACAGCGAAGGCCACUCCGAAGCCUCAGAAGCACACGCAGUGGGAGCCCACGGUGGGUCUGGAGCCAGCCACAGGCACGAGCAGACAUCCUCUCGAGGCCAGCAUGGCUCUGGAUACUACCAGGUGUACUACUACGAGCAGGAACACCCCGAGUCUGGACACAGACAGCAGAGGUCCAGUGGCAGGGCUCCUCAGGGGUCCGGCCCAGAACAAGGGAGGGACAGCCGCAGGAUCGGGGGCUCUCACGAAGGACAGAGCUCCUCUGAACUCCAGGCUAGAACCUCCCGUGGAAGGUCCGGAACCAGUGCUAGAGGGGGUCAGGGGUCCUUCGGAACGGACCGCUCUGAGCGCCACCAGUCCACAAGGGGCCACGAAGACAUCCACGGGGGCUCUGGACGCUCACGAACAAGGCAAGGACAGGUAGACUCCCACACUGGGAACGACACCUCCCACGGUCAGGCAGAGGGCAGAGGCAGGGUUAGCAGGCACACAGGCGGCCGAGAAGAGUCUCCAGACAGCCCUAGGCAGUCCAGUUCCCGUCAGAGGAGCGAGUCUCCCCGGACCAGCACAAGAACAGGCCACAGAGGAACACACCAGUCCCCAGCCGGCCAGCAGUCAUCCGAUGGUCACAGGCAAGCCACUUCCAGGAGGGGCAGACACCAGGAGGACAGCGCCAGCCAGGCCAGUGACAGCGAGGGCCACUCAGAAGUCCAAGUCAGGCACAGGCAGGCCUCAGGGACCCACGGGAGGACCGGGUCCGGCUCAGGGGUGCAGCGGGCAUCCAGCAGCAGUGGCCAGGCAACUGACAACGUCAGGCACUCGGGGGCCCGUCAAGGCCAGUCAUCCGGCCAGGGGCAAGGACGCUCCGAGUCAGGAUCCCGCACCAGGGAAGCACGAGGGAACCAGAGACACGGCCAGUCGGCUGACAGCUCCGGGACCUCCGGGACUGGUCACGGAAGAGGCCAAGCCACCUCUGCUGAACGGAGACAUCAGAGGCCCAGCGAGAGUCAGGCCAGUGACAGCGAAGGCCACUCCGAAGCCUCAGAAGCACACGCAGUGGGAGCCCACGGUGGGUCUGGAGCCAGCCAGAGGCACGAGCAGACAUCCUCUCAAGGCCAGCAUGGCUCUGGAUACUACCAGGUGUACUACUACGAGCAGGUACACCCCGAGUCUGGACACAGACAGCAGAGGUCCAGUGGCAGGGCUCCUCAGGGGUCCGGCCCAGAACAAGGGAGGGACAGCCGCAGGAUCGGGGCCUCUCACGAAGAACAGAGCUCCUCUGAACUCCAGGCUAGAACCUCCCGUGGAAGGUCCGGAACCAGUGCUAGAGGGGGUCAGGGGUCCUUCGGAACGGACCGCUCUGAGCGCCACCAGUCCACAAGGGGCCACGAAGACAUCCACGGGGGCUCUGGACGCUCACGAACAAGGCAAGGACAGGUAGACUCCCACACUGGGAACGACACCUCCCACGGUCAGGCAGAGGGCAGAGGCAGGGUUAGCAGGCACACAGGCGGCCGAGAAGAGUCUCCAGACAGCCCUAGGCAGUCCAGUUCCCGUCAGAGGAGCGAGUCUCCCCGGACCAGCACAAGAACAGGCCACAGAGGAACACACCAGUCCCCAGCCGGCCAGCAGUCAUCCGAUGGUCACAGGCAAGCCACUUCCAGGAGGGGCAGACACCAGGAGGACAGCGCCAGCCAGGCCAGUGACAGCGAGGGCCACUCAGAAGUCCAAGUCAGGCACAGGCAGGCCUCAGGGACCCACGGGAGGACCGGGUCCGGCUCAGGGGUGCAGCGGGCAUCCAGCAGCAGUGGCCAGGCAACUGACAACGUCAGGCACUCGGGGGCCCGUCAAGGCCAGUCAUCCGGCCAGGGGCAAGGACGCUCCGAGUCAGGAUCCCGCACCAGGGAAGCACGAGGGAACCAGAGACACGGCCAGUCGGCUGACAGCUCCGGGACCUCCGGGACUGGUCACGGAAGAGGCCAAGCCACCUCUGCUGAACGGAGACAUCAGAGGCCCAGCGAGAGUCAGGCCAGUGACAGCGAAGGCCACUCCGAAGCCUCAGAAGCACACGCAGUGGGAGCCCACGGUGGGUCUGGAGCCAGCCAGAGGCACGAGCAGACAUCCUCUCAAGGCCAGCAUGGCUCUGGAUACUACCAGGUGUACUACUACGAGCAGGUACACCCCGAGUCUGGACACAGACAGCAGAGGUCCAGUGGCAGGGCUCCUCAGGGGUCCGGCCCAGAACAAGGGAGGGACAGCCGCAGGAUCGGGGCCUCUCACGAAGAACAGAGCUCCUCUGAACUCCAGGCUAGAACCUCCCGUGGAAGGUCCGGAACCAGUGCUAGAGGGGGUCAGGGGUCCUUCGGAACGGACCGCUCUGAGCGCCACCAGUCCACAAGGGGCCACGAAGACAUCCACGGGGGCUCUGGACGCUCACGAACAAGGCAAGGACAGGUAGACUCCCACACUGGGAACGACACCUCCCACGGUCAGGCAGAGGGCAGAGGCAGGGUUAGCAGGCACACAGGCGGCCGAGAAGAGUCUCCAGACAGCCCUAGGCAGUCCAGUUCCCGUCAGAGGAGCGAGUCUCCCCGGACCAGCACAAGAACAGGCCACAGAGGAACACACCAGUCCCCAGCCGGCCAGCAGUCAUCCGAUGGUCACAGGCAAGCCACUUCCAGGAGGGGCAGACACCAGGAGGACAGCGCCAGCCAGGCCAGCGACAGCGAGGGCCACUCAGAAGUCCAAGUCAGGCACAGGCAGGCCUCAGAGACCCACGGGAGGACCGCGUCCGGCUCAGGGGUGCAGCGGGCAUCCAGCAGCGGUGGCCAGGCAACUGACAACGUCAGGCACUCGGGGGCCCGUCAAGGCCAGUCAUCCGGGCAGGGACAAGGACGCUCCGAGUCAGCAUCCCGCACCAGAGAAGCACGAGGGAACCAGAGACACGGCCAGUCGGCUGACAGCUCCGGGACCUCCGGGACUGGUCAAGGAAGAGGCCAAGCCACCUCUGCUGAACGGAGACAUCAGAGGCCCAGCGAGAGUCAGGCCAGUGACAGCGAAGGCCACUCCGAAGCCUCAGAAGCACACGCAGUGGGAGCCCACGGUGGGUCUGGAGCCAGCCAGAGGCACGAGCAGACAUCCUCUCAAGGCCAGCAUGGCUCUGGAUACUACCAGGUGUACUACUACGAGCAGGAACACCCCGAGUCUGGACACAGACAGCAGAGGUCCAGAGGCAGGGCUCUUCAGGGGUCCGGCCCAGAACAAGGAAGCGACAGCCGAAGGAUCGGGGGCUCUCACGAAGGACAGAGCUCCUCUGAACUCCAGGCUAGAACCUCUCGUGGAAGGUCCGGAACCACUGCUAGAGGGGGUCAGGGGUCCUUUGGAACGGACCGCUCUGAGCUCCACCAGUCCACAAGGGGCCACGAAGACAUCCACAGAAGCUCUGGACGCUCACGAACAAGGCAAGGACAGGUAGACUCCCACACUGGGAACGACACCUCCCACGGUCAGGCAGAGGGCAGAGGCAGGGUUAGCAGGCACACAGGCGGCCAAGAAGAGUCUCCAGACAGCCCUAGGCAGUCCAGUUCCCGUCAGAGGAGCGAGUCUCCCCGGACCAGCACAAGAACAGGCCACAGAGGAACACACCAGUCCCCAGCCGGCCAGCAGUCAUCCGAUGGUCACAGGCAAGCCACUUCCAGGAGGAGCAGACACCAGGAGGACAGCGACAGCCAGGCCAGCGACAGCGAGGGCCACUCAGAAGUCCAAGUCGGGCACAGGAAGGCCUCAGGGACCCACGGGAGGACCGCGUCCGGCUCAGAGGUGCAGCGGGCAUCCAGCAGCGGUGGCCAGGCAGCUGACAACGUCAGGCACUCGGGAGUCCGUCAAGGCCAGUCAUCCGGCCAGGGACAAGGACGCUCCGAGUCAGCAUCCCGCACCAGGGAAGCACGAGGGAACCAGAGACACGGCCAGUCGGCUGACAGCUCCGGGACCUCAGGGACUGGUCACGGAAGAGGCCAAGCCACCUCUGCUGAACGGAGACAUCAGAGGCCCAGCGAGAGUCAGGCCAGUGACAGCGAAGGCCACUCCGAAGCCUCAGAAGCACACGCAGUGGGAGCCCACGGUGGGUCUGGAGCCAGCCAGAGGCACGAGCAGACAUCCUCUCAAGGCCAGCAUGGCUCUGGAUACUACCAGGUGUACUACUACGAGCAGGAACACCCCGAGUCUGGACACAGACAGCAGAGGUCCAGUGGCAGGGCUCCUCAGGGGUCCGGCCCAGAACAAGGGAGGGACAGCCGCAGGAUCGGGGGCUCUCACGAAGGACAGAGCUCCUCUGAACUCCAGGCUAGAACCUCCCGUGGAAGGUCCGGAACCAGUGCUAGAGGGGGUCAGGGGUCCUUCGGAACGGACCGCUCUGAGCGCCACCAGUCCACAAGGGGCCACGAAGACAUCCACGGGGGCUCUGGACGCUCACGAACAAGGCAAGGACAGGUAGACUCCCACACUGGGAACGACACCUCCCACGGUCAGGCAGAGGGCAGAGGCAGGGUUAGCAGGCACACAGGUGGCCGAGAAGAGUCUCCAGACAGCCCUAGGCAGUCCAGUUCCCGUCAGAGGAGCGAGUCUCCCCGGACCAGCACAAGAACAGGCCACAGAGGAACACACCAGUCCCCAGCCGGCCAGCAGUCAUCCGAUGGUCACAGGCAAGCCACUUCCAGGAGGGGCAGACACCAGGAGGACAGCGCCAGCCAGGCCAGCGACAGCGAGGGCCACUCAGAAGUCCAAGUCAGGCACAGGCAGGCCUCAGAGACCCACGGGAGGACCGGGUCCGGCUCAGGGGUGCAGCGGGCAUCCAGCAGCGGUGGCCAGGCAACUGACAAUGUCAGGCACUCGGGGGCCCGUCAAGGCCAGUCAUCCGGCCAGGGACAAGGACGCUCCGAGUCAGCAUCCCGCACCAGGGAAGCACGAGGGAACCAGAGACACGGCCAGUCGGCUGACAGCUCCGGGACCUCCGGGACUGGUCACGGAAGAGGCCAAGCCACCUCUGCUGAACGGAGACAUCAGAGGCCCAGCGAGAGUCAGGCCAGUGACAGCGAAGGCCACUCCGAAGCCUCAGAAGCACACGCAGUGGGAGCCCACGGUGGGUCUGGAGCCAGCCAGAGGCACGAGCAGACAUCCUCUCAAGGCCAGCAUGGCUCUGGAUACUACCAGGUGUACUACUACGAGCAGGAACACCCCGAGUCUGGACACAGACAGCAGAGGUCCAGUGGCAGGGCUCCUCAGGGGUCCGGCCCAGAACAAGGGAGGGACAGCCGCAGGAUCGGGGGCUCUCACGAAGGACAGAGCUCCUCUGAACUCCAGGCUAGAACCUCCCGUGGAAGGUCCGGAACCACUGCUAGAGGGGGUCAGGGGUCCUUUGGAACGGACCGCUCUGAGCGCCACCAGUCCACAAGGGGCCACGAAGACAUCCACGGGGGCUCUGGACGCUCGCGAACAAGGCAAGGACAGGUAGACUCCCACACUGGGAACGACACCUCCCACGGUCAGGCAGAGGGCAGAGGCAGGGUUAGCAGGCACACAGGCGGCCGAGAAGAGUCUCCAGACAGCCCUAGGCAGUCCAGUUCCCGUCAGAGGAGCGAGUCUCCCCGGACCAGCACAAGAACAGGCCACAGAGGAACACACCAGUCCCCAGCCGGCCAGCAGUCAUCCAAUGGUCACAGGCAAGCCACUUCCAGGAGGGGCAGACACCAGGAGGACAGCGCCAGCCAGGCCAGCGACAGCGAGGGCCACUCAGAAGUCCAAGUCAGGCACAGGCAGGCCUCAGGGACCCACGGGAGGACCGGGUCCCGCUCAGGGGUUCAGGGGACCUCCCGUGGUGUCCAAUCAGUAGAUAGUUCAAGUGAUACUCCAAAACACCUUGAGUUCAGUAUGAUUCUGAGAGGAGAGGAGUCUGUCUUCAUUUGUACACCCAGGUUAACUUCAAUUUGCAACAAGAUGCCUAAACUCCUGCAAGGCAUUGUCACGGUCAUCGAUGUUUUCUACCAAUAUGCCACUGAACAUGGGGAAUGUGACAUGUUGAGCAAAAAAGAGAUGAAAGAACUUCUGGAAAAUGAGUUUCACCAAAUUCUGAAGAACCCAGAUGAUCCAGACACUGUAGAUAUCAUCAUGCAAAGUCUGGAUCAAGAUCAUAACAGCAAAGUGGAUUUUACUGAGUAUCUUCUGAUGAUAAUCAAGCUGGCUCAGGCUUGUAACAAAAUUAUUGGCAAAGAUUACUGUCAAGCUUCAGGGUCAAAGCAGGGAAAUCACAGUCACCAUCACCAAAAGGAACACAGUGAAAAAGACGAAGAUGACAAAGAGCAAGACACCUCUUCAAGUUAUUCAAGUUCUAGUGCAGGAGAGAAUGAUGCUUAUUCCAGGGGCUCGAGAGGAAGCAAUAAACACAAGUCUACAAGGACCUCUAGAAAACCAAGGAAUGAGAAACACCAAAAUUCUGAAGAAAGAAUGGAAACAAACUCAAGUCACUUAGAAAAUAGUAACAAAUAUCAACAAGGCAAGCAUGAAUCUGGAUCAACCCACUCAUCGAACCAGAGCAGAAGAAGUAUUAGAAAAAGGGAAGAUUCUGGCUACCCCCCAAAUGGCUCUACAUUAGAACAGUCUGCUGGCUCCAGGAAACAAGGAUCUGGCCAACAUCAGUCUUGUGGUAAUGGAAAAAAUAAUAUUUCAUCAAGAGAAUCAUCAGUCGAGGGCUCAGGACAGUCUUCCAACUAUAAUACACACAACUCAGGGUCAAAUCAGUCUUCCAGCCAGAGGACAAAUAAAUGUGGGUCAGGACAAUCUUCUGGGUCACAAGAAUAUGGCUCAGCAUCAGAAACCUCUCCUGGCUCCACAAGACAAGGAUGUGGACAGGGUCACUCCUCUGCUUCUGGACAAUAUGGUGCUUCCUCGGGACAGUAUUCAGGGAGUGGCCAGCAUGCUUCUGGUUACAGUCAGUCUUCCAGCACUGGCACACACUACUCAGGCUCCAGCCACACUUCUACCCAGAGCAGACAUGGCUCUAGGUCAGGACAGUCUUGUGGUUCAGGUGAAUAUGGUUCUACAUCAGGACAGUCUUCUGGCUCCACAGGGCAAGGGUAUGGACAAGGUCACUCCUCUGGUUCUGGACAAUAUGGUGCUUCAUCAGGACAGUCAUCAGGCUUGAGCUCAGGUCACUCCACUUCCCAUGGCACACAAGGAUCAGGAUCAAGCCAGGCAUCUAAGCACAGGAGAAGCAGUUCGAACUCAAGUGAGUCUUUUGGCUCCCAGCCACAUGGGUCUGGCUCAGGAGGGUCUUCUGGAUGGAGUCAAAGUGGAUCUGGGCAAGGUCAGUCUUCUGGUAGUGGGAAACAUGGUGCUUUCUCUGGACAGCCAUCAGGCAGUGGCCAGAAUGCCUCUCAUUAUGGUCAGUCUUCCUGCUCUGGCACACACUACUCAGGCUCAAGCCAUACUUCUACCCAGAGCAGACAUGGCUCUAGGUCAGGACAGUCUUGUGGUUCAGGUGAAUAUGGUUCUACAUCAGGACAGUCUUCUGGUUCCACAGGGCAAGGGUAUGGACAAGGUCACUCCUCUGGUUCUGGACAAUAUGGUGCUUCAUCAGGACAGUCAUCAGGCUUGAGCUCAGGUCACUCCACUUCCCAUGGCACACAAGGAUCAGGAUCAAGCCAGGCAUCUAAUCAAAGGAGAAGCAGUUCUAGCUCAUGUGAGUCUUUUGGCUCCCAGCAACAUGGAUCUGGCUCAGGAGGGUCUUCUGGAUGGAGUCAAAGUGGAUCUGGGCCAGGUCAGUCUUCUGGUAGUAGAGAACAUGGUUCUUUCUCUGGACAGUCAUCUGGCAGAGGACAGCAUGCCUCUCGUUAUGGUCAGUCUUCCAACUCUGGCACACACUACUCAGGCUCAAGCCAUACUUCUACCCAGGGCAGACAUGGCUCUAGGUCAGGACAGUCUUGUGGUUCAGGUGAAUAUGGUUCUACAUCAGGACAGUCUUCUGGCUCCACAGGGCAAGGGUAUGGACAAGGUCACUCCUCUGGUUCUGGACAAUAUGGUGCUUCAUCAGGACAGUCAUCAGGCUUGAGCUCAGGUCACUCCACUUCCCAUGGCACACAAGGAUCAGGAUCAAGCCAGGCAUCUAAGCACAGGAGAAGCAGUUCGAAUGCAAGUGAGUCUUUUGGCUCCCAGCCACAUGGGUCUGGCUCAGGAGGGUCUUCUGGAUGGAGUCAAAGUGGAUCUGGGCAAGGUCAGUCUUCUGGUAGUGGGAAACAUGGUGCUUUCUCUGGACAGGCAUCAGGCAGUGGCCAGCAUGCCUCUCAUUAUGGUCAGUCUUCCUGCUCUGGCACACACUACUCAGGCUCAAGCCAUACUUCUACCCAGAGCAGACAUGGCUCUAGGUCAGGACAGUCUUGUGGUUCAGGUGAAUAUGGUUCUACAUCAGGACAGUCUUCUGGUUCCACAGGGCAAGGGUAUGGACAAGGUCACUCCUCUGGUUCUGGACAAUAUGGUGCUUCAUCAGGACAGUCAUCAGGCUUGAGCUCAGGUCACUCCACUUCCCAUGGCACACAAGGAUCAGGAUCAAGCCAGGCAUCUAAUCAAAGGAGAAGCAGUUCUAGCCCAUGUGAGGCUUUUGGCUCCCAGCAACAUGGAUCUGGCUCAGGAGGGUCUUCUGGAUGGAGUCAAAGUGGAUCUGGGCCAAGUCAGUCUUCUGGUAGUAGAGAACAUGGUUCUUUCUCUGGACAGUCAUCUGGCAGAGGACAGCAUGCCUCUCGUUAUGGUCAGUCUUCCAACUCUGGCACACACUACUCAGGCUCAAGCCAUACUUCUACCCAGAGCAGACAUGGCUCUAGGUCAGGACAGUCUUGUGGUUCAGGUGAAUAUGGUUCUACAUCAGGACAGUCUUCUGGCUCCACAGGGCAAGGGUAUGGACAAGGUCACUCCUCUGGUUCUGGACAAUAUGGUGCUUCAUCAGGACAGUCAUCAGGCUUGAGCUCAGGUCACUCCACUUCCCAUGGCACACAAGGAUCAGGAUCAAGCCAGGCAUCUAAGCACAGGAGAAGCAGUUCGAACUCAAGUGAGUCUUUUGGCUCCCAGCCACAUGGGUCUGGCUCAGGAGGGUCUUCUGGAUGGAGUCAAAGUGGAUCUGGGCAAGGUCAGUCUUCUGGUAGUGGGAAACAUGGUGCUUUCUCUGGACAGGCAUCAGGCAGUGGCCAGAAUGCCUCUCAUUAUGGUCAGUCUUCCUGCUCUGGCACACACUACUCAGGCUCAAGCCAUACUUCUACCCAGAGCAGACAUGGCUCUAGGUCAGGACAGUCUUGUGGUUCAGGUGAAUAUGGUUCUACAUCAGGACAGUCUUCUGGCUCCACAGGGCAAGGGUAUGGACAAGGUCACUCCUCUGGUUCUGGACAAUAUGGUGCUUCAUCAGGACAGUCAUCAGGCUUGAGCUCAGGUCACUCCACUUCCCAUGGCACACAAGGAUCAGGAUCAAGCCAGGCAUCUAAUCAAAGGAGAAGCAGUUCUAGCUCAUGUGAGUCUUUUGGCUCCCAGCAACAUGGAUCUGGCUCAGGAGGGUCUUCUGGAUGGAGUCAAAGUGGAUCUGGGCCAGGUCAGUCUUCUGGUAGUAGAGAACAUGGUUCUUUCUCUGGACAGUCAUCUGGCAGAGGACAGCAUGCCUCUCAUUAUGGUCAGUCUUCCAACUCUGGCACACACUACUCAGGCUCAAGCCAUACUUCUACCCAGAGCAGACAUGGCUCUAGGUCAGGACAGUCUUGUGGUUCAGGUGAAUAUGGUUCUACAUCAGGACAGUCUUCUGGCUCCACAGGGCAAGGGUAUGGACAAGGUCACUCCUCUGGUUCUGGACAAUAUGGUGCUUCAUCAGGACAGUCAUCAGGCUUGAGCUCAGGUCACUCCACUUCCCAUGGCACACAAGGAUCAGGAUCAAGCCAGGCAUCUAAUCAAAGGAGAAGCAGUUCUAGCUCAUGUGAGUCUUUUGGCUCCCAGCAACAUGGAUCUGGCUCAGGAGGGUCUUCUGGAUGGAGUCAAAGUGGAUCUGGGCAAGGUCAGUCUUCUGGUAGUAGAGAACAUGGUUCUUUCUCUGGACAGUCAUCUGGCAGAGGACAGCAUGCCUCUCGUUAUGGUCAGUCUUCCAACUCUGGCACACACUACUCAGGCUCAAGCCAUACUUCUACCCAGGGCAGACAUGGCUCUAGGUCAGGACAGUCUUGUGGUUCAGGUGAAUAUGGUUCUACAUCAGGACAGUCUUCUGGCUCCACAGGGCAAGGGUAUGGACAAGGUCACUCCUCUGGUUCUGGACAAUAUGGUGCUUCAUCAGGACAAUCAUCAGGCUUGAGCUCAGGUCACUCCACUUCCCAUGGCACACAAGGAUCAGGAUCAAGCCAGGCAUCUAAUCAAAGGAGAAGCAGUUCUAGCUCAAGUGAGUCUUUUGGCUCCCAGCCACAUGGGUCUGGCUCAGGAGGGUCUUCUGGAUGGAGUCAAAGUGGAUCUGGGCAAGGUCAGUCUUCUGGUAGUGGGAAACAUGGUUCUUUCUCUGGACAGGCAUCAGGCAGUGGUGAAUAUGGUUCUACAUCAGGACAGUCUUCUGGCUCCACAGGGCAAGGGUAUGGACAAGGUCACUCCUCUGGUUCUGGACAAUAUGGACAGCAUGCCUCUCGUUAUGGUCAGUCUUCCAACUCUGGCACUCACUACUCAGGCUCAAGCCAUACUUCUACCCAGAGCAGACAUGGCUCUAGGUCAGGACAGUCUUGUGGUUCAGGUGAAUAUGGUUCUACAUCAGGACAGUCUUCUGGCUCCACAGGGCAAGGGUAUGGACAAGGUCACUCCUCUGGUUCUGGACAAUAUGGUGCUUCAUCAGGACAGUCAUCAGGCUUGAGCUCAGGUCACUCCACUUCCCAUGGCACACAAGGAUCAGGAUCAAGCCAGGCAUCUAAGCACAGGAGAAGCAGUUCGAACUCAAGUGAGUCUUUUGGCUCCCAGCCACAUGGGUCUGGCUCAGGAGGGUCUUCUGGAUGGAGUCAAAGUGGAUCUGGGCAAGGUCAGUCUUCUGGUAGUGGGAAACAUGGUUCUUUCUCUGGACAGCCAUCAGGCAGUGGCCAGAAUGCCUCUCAUUAUGGUCAGUCUUCCUGCUCUGGCACACACUACUCAGGCUCAAGCCAUACUCCUACCCAGAGCAGACAUGGCUCUAGGUCAGGACAGUCUUGUGGUUCAGGUGAAUAUGGUUCUACAUCAGGACAGUCUUCUGGCUCCACAGGGCAAGGGUAUGGACAAGGUCACUCCUCUGGUUCUGGACAAUAUGGUGCUUCAUCAGGACAGUCAUCAGGCUUGAGCUCAGGUCACUCCACUUCCCAUGGCACACAAGGAUCAGGAUCAAGCCAGGCAUCUAAUCAAAGGAGAAGCAGUUCUAGCUCAUGUGAGUCUUUUGGCUCCCAGCAACAUGGAUCUGGCUCAGGAGGGUCUUCUGGAUGGAGUCAAAGUGGAUCUGGGCCAGGUCAGUCUUCUGGUAGUAGAGAACAUGGUUCUUUCUCUGGACAGUCAUCUGGCAGAGGACAGCAUGCCUCUCGUUAUGGUCAGUCUUCCAACUCUGGCACACACUACUCAGGCUCAAGCCAUACUUCUACCCAGGGACAGCAUGCCUCUCGUUAUGGUCAGUCUUCCAGCUCUGGCACACACUACUCAGGCUCAAGCCAUACUUCUACCCAGAGCAGACAUGGCUCUAGGUCAGGACAGUCUUAUGGUUCAGGUGAAUAUGGUUCUACAUCAGGACAGUCUUCUGGCUCCACAGGACAAGGGUAUGGACAAGGUCACUCCUCUGGUUCUGGACAAUAUGGUGCUUCAUCAGGACAGUCAUCAGGCUUGAGCUCAGGUCACUCCACUCCCCAUGGCACACAAGGAUCAGGAUCAAGCCUGGCAUCUAAGCACAGGAGAAGCAGUCCUAGCUCAAGUGAGACUUUUGGCUCUCAGCAACAUGGAUCUGGCUCAGGAGGGUCUUCUGGAUGUUGUGUACAUGGUUCUGGACAAGGUCACCCCUCUGGUUCUGGACAAAAUGGUGCUUCAUCAGGACAAUCAUCAGGCUUGAGCUCAGGUCACUCCACUUCCCAUGGCACACAAGGAUCAGGAUCAAGCCAGGCAUCUAAUCAAAGGAGAAGCAGUUCUAGCUCAAUCGUUACAUCUGAAAUUCAAGAAGGGACAAAUUGGUUCAUCUUAGCCAACUGGAAUAAGCAACAAGGCCUCAGUGGGAAUAUAGUCCUCACAGCCAAGUACCAUGCUCAUGUUUUCAUCAAGGUGAAGGCCACAUUUCUAAGCCAGGAAGUUCCAUCUUCCUCAUUCUUCUAUGCUGAGUCCCCAGCUCUCUCCUCUCAGCCAUACGACUCGUUCUCUGAUGAUUAA